AUGGUCGCCAGCUUGAACAGCGAUCUCUACACACCGUUUCCACAUAACAUGAUUCUCGAGGAAGGCCCCCAAUCCAGCGAAGAAGGUUCUGGUCUGCAUUCGCCAGUCUUCGGUGCUCCUUUUGCCCCUCCUCACGGCGAUAAUAACAUCCGGUAUCAACUGAAUCAUCCUGACGUUCACCAUGCCGCGGGCAUCCUUGCAGCGCAAUUUGACUACAAUGCUCCGAGUCUUGCAAUCCAACAGCCCCCGCUCCUUAAUGCACAUAUAGAGAUACCGAGCUCCGGUCCUCAUCAGCAUGUCACGUAUACUUCCAACUUCUCUCUCUCUCGCAACCAACUCGAUUCACCGAUUCAGUCCACGACGGAAAAAUCUCGUCUACCGCCACCUCCGGUCCACGGUGGCGACGCGGUAUUAGACUACAACUUCAGCACCUCGCAACGCCGGUUGCCUGGGUCUCAGCCUCAUGACCAGUCCCUUCCCCGACCGACUGGUACAGCUCCUGGGAUGUCGCUGGACGGUGAUCACAAGGCGUCUGCGCCCUCUGCCGAGCGCACCGAAACUUCCCCUGCCUCCAAGAAUUCCCCCCGAGAGUCGAGAAAGGAGAGUUCGACGCUUGUCAUAGCUUGUCGCCAAUGCCGUGCGCGCAAGAUUCGCUGCGAUUCUACAAGACCCGCAUGCAACAACUGCCACCGACGAUCUAACGACUGUCAAUAUGAUGCCGUACCAAAGAGACGUGGGCCAGAUAAACGUCCGGGGACGAGGCAGAGAUCAUGUAAAAAGAGGCCAGCAGACGGGUCCGCUCCCCCUCCACCGAAAAGAUCCAGAAAGACCAGCGAGCGUCAGACCGAGGAACGCGAUCCCACCACAUCCAGAGUGAAGGAAAACAUGGUCAGUGGUAGGCGCACCCCACCGCCCCCACGCCACCUGGAUCGAUCUCAAGGUACAACGAGUCAGAUACACGCCACGCCAGCGCCUGGUGAUCUACGAAUAUCAACCGACACCAGUCUGAUGAAGCCGGAGCUGUCGCCUGUUGGUCGACGCGUGCCCGACUAUGGGUACGACCAAGGGUAUGUGAAGCCAUAUCCUCGUGCUAUCGAUGUCAACAUCCUCGGAUCCUCCAGUGGAUCACAUCAGAAGUUCCCCGCUCCGUCCUCCCCAACUGUUGAAUAUGAUCAGAGAGUUUGGUGGGAAACCUUCACGAGGACAUACCCCCUCCAAGACAUCUCGGAUGAUUUGGCCUACCUGUUUAAAGAUACCGGACAUUGGUUAUCAUUCUUGAAUCUCGACUUCUUCACUUCUAGUCUAUUCAAUCCUGAAGACCGACUACAUAUACAACCUUCAUUUAUCUUAGCUGGCCUCGCUUUGGCCGUGCUGAUGAAGUCAAGUGAGCUUGAGGGGGGUUCCAACGGCCGUGGCCGAGCGCUAUGGUUUCGCAACGCCGCGCAGGAGGCUUUAAACAAGGCAUGGAGGUCUGAAUGGAUUGACGCCCAGCUCGCCGAAGCUGCUUUUAUGCUCUCACUUUUUGAGAUGUCCGUCCACCCUCAAUAUGACCCCGAUCGGGUCGUCAACUCUCUGGUUUUCCUUGACAAUAUCAUUCGUCAUGUUUCUCUUACUUCGGUCGACGCCCAUGAUCCUGAUGUUGCUAUUUUCCCCACCCGCACCUGCUCUUGUAUACCCACCGACGCGGCUCAUCCUCCCGAUGCCUUUUCAACUUGGGCGUAUCCGUUACCAUGGGACUCAUCUUGGACGGAAGUUCAAGUUCGUGAUGAGGAAUGUAGGCGCUUAUGCUGGAGCGCUCUCAGCCUCGUUUCGACAUAUACCUCCCAAUGCGCAGCCUUCAACCGCGAUCCCCCUAAUCUGUUUCUUACUGAUCCCUCCAAUUACGCUAUAUUAUUCCCCGGGGAAGUCAUGGACCGGAUGUCGCCGGCCUAUCGCUCUUCUGAUUCUCCAUCACCGAAAGAAUCCGUAUGGGCGCUAUACUGCCGCAGCAUGUUGCUGUGGACUUUCUGUAAUCGCAUCCGAGUCGAAGGAUGCUCUGACGAGGAUAAAGCUGAAUACGCUUCUGAAGCCUGGUCAGAAACGCAAGCUAUCCAGGAUUCAAUCGACAUGCAUACUUGCAAUCUGGACACGGGAUUGAUGUAUAUGACUAAGGAAUAUCUUCAUAACACAAGGAUGAUGGUCACACAGUCGUUACGCAGCUUACAAGGCCUGGAUAGUGGACACAGCGCUCCCGUUCCUAUGUUCAACACCAAACAAGUGCAAGAAUGGCUCUAUUACCAGGAUCAAGUCAUCAAGCGCGUGAAGAUAUCGAUUCAGAAUCUCGGCAAGACUUCGAGCCAUCAGCUCCUUCGGAGACCCUUCCAGGUUACAUGGUUUUCGAAUCAAUUGGCGAUAUGUCUGUUGCUUUGGAAUCAAAAUCAUGAAUGGGUCAACGCCAUCACUCUGGCGAAAUCAAUAUUAAUUCCUCUGGAUGUCCUCAAUGUACUAUGGCCCUCUCCAGUCCAUCAGCAUCAAUGUAAUGAGAUGCGGAAUCGACUAACGGAGGCAUGCAGUGCCCUUGGACUUGAUCCACCUCACCCUCCCUCAUAUUCUAUUCCUCCAGCAUUGCGUUUUGGACCCCUGACACCUUAA